AGUAAGCGACCCUAGAAGCAAAUGCCACGCAAUAAUAGUUAAAAAAGCAUCCACAACCGCACCACAGUUGCAAUGAACCAGAUAUGCUGAGUUUGAAUAAAGCACUUACAUACAUCACUGAAAUACUCAAGCACUAACUCGAGCAUCGGAUCAAGCUUUACCGUAAUGUAUGACAGACAAGUAUCGUGCACGGAGUCUUCAUGCUCAUAUUGUCAUGACCUAUUCAGCCCUUUUGCUACCAAGGGUCAUAUAACAAUGUUUUCAUCCCACCCACAGUGUUCGCAAAGCGGAAAAGCACCAAUUCCUGUUAUAUUAAAUGACACAUUGACACGUCAAGCACGAAAGAAGGCUGCGGCCAAAUUCUCGAAAAGGCGACGAACUUUAGUCAAACGGGCACAUGACUUAUACAGAGAUUGUGAUGCCGAAGUCUUCUUGGUUAUAAAGAAGAAUAACAAAUUACAUGUUUUCAAUUCAGAGCCUUCCCGGGCAAGUUGGCCUCCAAGUUACGACAGUAUUAUCAAAUCAUAUCCCCUACCCAACAUCCAAACUCCAUUGACUAUGCAAGUUUCCAAUGCCAAAAAUGGGGUGGAAUCUUGAGAAGGAUUGGUGAAACAAUGCUUUGUUCAGGUUCGCGUGGAACUCGUGUUAGAAGCUGGGGGAGGUAGCCUGCAGU